AUGGCCUUGGUCGGUCGAUUUAUCGACAUUCUGAAGAUGAAAAUAAAAGCCCCAAGUCAUGGGAUGACAAGAAGAAGCCAGAAGGCGAGUCCCCCAGUGCUGUGCGUUGAAGAUCUUCAACGAGCCGAAAAAUGUUUAAUAAAAUUAGUACAACAACAACACUUUGCCUCUGAAAUUAAAGCUCUUGCUUCAAAGGAAUGGAGACAAGAUCGACGAAACGACAAAAUUAAGAAGUCUGCUUUGAAAGAAUGCAGCAAAUUAUACAAAUUGAGUCCUUUCAUUGACGAUAAUGGAAUUCUCAGAGUUGGUGGAAGAUUGUGCAACAUGGAUGAAGCGUAUCAAUUCAAAUAUCCUGCUAUUCUUCCCAAAGAAAGUUGGUAUUCCGAACUUGUGCUCCGAUGGUGCCACGAAAACACUCACCAUUCGGGGAGAGGAAUAACAUUGCAAGAAAUUCGGCAACGUGGAUAUUGGAUCAUACACAUCAACUCAGCAGUACGACAGUUGAUUCAUCAUUGUGUACGAUGUAGAAUAUUGAGGGGAAGAGCUGGCCAGCAAGUCAUGGCAGAUUUACCCAAAGAUCGAGUAGACGCAUGCCCACCUUUCACAUACUACGCAGUGGAUCUCUUUGGGCCAUUGGUCAUAAAACCAUAUCGAAAGUUUGUAAUAAGAUAUGGCUGCCUCUUUACCUGUUUGGCGAGCAGAGCCGUCCAUAUUGAAGUUGUCAACACCUUGGAAACUGACUCCUUCAUUCUAGCUUUGCGACGGUUUGUUGCUAGAAGAGGAAACAUUCGAACGAUGAGAAGCGACAACGGCACUAACUUUGUCGGCACCGAGACCGAGUUCAUAAAGGCAUUAAAACAAAUGGACAAUGCGAAAGUUAAACAAUUCCUUCAAAGUGUUGGUUGUGAUUGGAUUCUCUGGAAGAGAAAUACACCUGCUGCUUCGCACAUGGGUGGAGUAUGGGAGCGCCAGAUUCGAUCUGUGCGCGCAAUAUUAAAAGAUCUUUUCAAUCAUAAUGGCUCGCGUUUGAGUGAAGAAUCGCUGCACACUAUUUUAACAGAAGCAGAAAGUAUCGUUAACUCUAGACCUUUAUGCGUCGAAGCAAUCAGCGAUGCAAACAGUGCAACACCAAUUUCACCACUUGCUCUUCUAACGAUGAAAUCAAAGGUAGUUUUACCGCCUCCUGGUAAUUUUGAAGAAGCGUCGUUAUAUUGCAGGAAACAGUGGAAAAGAGCUCAGUAUGUGUUGGAUAUGUUCUGUAAUAAUACUUAUUAUCAAGUUAUUUAA